AUGAGAUUAGAGUGGUGUUAUAGGCUGUAGCUAGAAUAAACAUAACUCUAGACAUCGACGAUGGCAGCUUGCUGGAUAGGCCAGGUGGCCUGGCUGUUGCUUGCCACGUUGUCUACAGUCGAUUAUGCCAUCUCAGAAGAAAGAGGUUGGAACCUCCUCAACAAUAGUAAUUCUAUCGUCGAGCCGGAUACUAUCACCAACAUCACCGAGAAAGAUUUUUGGUGUAUCAUGGGUAUGAAAUGUAUAUUGCCGAGCGAUUGGACAGCUGGGUUAAAAAACAAGAAUCCCAUUGUAACCAGAAGUAUUAAAAACCCUCUUGCGUUUCCGUAUUAUACCAUUGCCUUUGAGGACGUAGCGUCGCAAAAUCCCGUAAGCACCGCAGUACUUAAAUAUCAAGGACCUAGAACAGUAAUGAACACUUAUGAGAAUAAGGUUGAGUACUCAUUAGCACAGCAUCAAAAGGACUCCCAAACGAGGUACUACAAUGAUACCUAUGGCGCUUCAUUCUUGCUACCGGAUUCGUCUACUUUCGCCAAAUUCGGUGAUGAAAUGGUUCACAUUGUAUGUGAUAAAGAACGUAAAUAUUCGACAAAACCAGUCCUCAAAAGUUGUCAUACUUUUUAUAUCCUAAAAUCACCAAGUAGCAUAACAUACGGGGUGGAUCCAAAUGGUGAUAUCAGUAUACUGCUGAAAGAUUUCCAUUCGGGUCCUUCUGUACAUUUGGGUUUUAAUCUAAAGACCGGUAACACGACCAAGUAUAAUGUCACUGCCGUUGCAACCGCUUAUGGCAACGAUAGAAUUGUAUUCCUCAAUGCUGGAGUCUUAGAACCCAGUGCAAAUGCUGGGAUCUAUAAUGUUUAUGUAUACCUCAUUCCUUGCAACCCCAAGGAUUAUGGGACUCAAAUUGAUGUAUUGCCACUUGUCAAAAGUACCAGUAUUAAAAAAUACACCGUGGGCGUCAAGUCUGGACAAAUACUUCUCACCUUUUAUGGACUGGACGCUUCUGAGAAAGAUUUGCACUUCGCAGUUCUUUCAGCUAUAAAUGUAAAUGGUACUGGAAGCACAUGUGGCAAUGGGAAUGCCCAGUGGUAUGAACUUGGUUUCAAGGGUACGUACUGUCAUUCCACAGAACAUUUAAUCGAGGUACUUCUUCCGUUGCAUUUAGGAGGAGAAAAGGUUUUGAUUUGUGCUGCGUUGAAGAAAAGCAAUUUGAUAGAGGAUUAUAGAACGCCUUUUGCAUUGAUGAUGCUGGAUGACAAGACAGAUACCAUGGUAGCCCCUGUAAUAGUGAAUGUUGAUGCGUUGGGAAGAGCGCGUAUUGUUCUCAAUAAGUUAAUACAUCCCCUAAGUGAAGUGCGACUUACACCGGCGGAUGGAGAUAUAUUGUUUGGUAUAACUAAGACAAUGUUGGCCCAUUCCGUCGCACAAUCGACAUCCAACUUUAAAGUAGAGGAGAAACUCAUGACGGAAAUCAGCAACGUUUCUUUGGAUCAUUCCGCCAUAUUUCGAAGGUUUCAUAACAAAGGCAUUAGCAUGCAUUCUGCGUCUAAUUUGACUUACAGCCCAGAUUUUUCUUAUAUGGUGGAUUCGCAUGCUUAUUGGUCAUCCGCGGCUAAAUUCUUUCCUAAGUUGUUAUUUGGCGUGGACAAGCUCUAUAAAAUUUCUGUUUGCAAUCGAUGGGAUCACCCUUACUGUUUAGCUGAAUCUGACUAUAGUAUGAAGGUAGGCUAUCUUGUUCCUAGCCCGUUCGUCCAUAAAAACAUGUAUGCUGAAUGGGAGCAGAACAGCAUUGUUUUCUAUAUUCCAACGACGCCCCUCUUUCCUAAAGUCCCGCAUAUUACAAUGGUAAAAAUAAACCCUGAAAGUGUGGUGGAUUACGACAGGAUAUGCAAUAGCAAUGCAUAUGCAGUUGCUGAACUGAUCAAUAGCAUGUCUUUUCAUGCAAUUAAUGCUUUCCAUGGCAUAUUUGCACAACCUGGCGUAGUUUACUAUCAACACAAGUAUCGCGUUACUGGAAUUGAGGAAGGUUAUCUUUAUGGUGUUUGUUAUUCAUUUGAAGGUAAAGAGCGUGUUAAUUACAACACGGUGACCACCCCUGAUGUCAAACACACUUUCCGACCUCCUAAAGGGAUUAAAUUCAAAUUGUUGACCAUAUUAAAUCCAAUGCGAUUUAACAAAAACCAAAGGGUGUCGUUCAGGAAUCUUGAAGUAAAUGCUGGUCCAAUUUUCGCCAUUAGUGGUAUGAUGAAUAAAAUAAUUUUGAGAGGCAUUUACAUGACAUCUGACCUCACUUACGAUUGUACGAAAUUGUUCAACAGUGCAGGUCAAAAACGGCCAUUGUCAAGUGUUGCUCCACGUGCGGAUUUUGAAUCAAUAUUUGGAAUAGAGCCUAUCUUUAACCGAGGAAUACCAGAUGCAACGGAUUUGCCAGAGGGAUUUUGGAUGCCCAUGGAUGAUAAAUCGUGGAUGGUAGGUCAAACAAGAUUGUUCUAUCGCGGCAAGGUAAAUGCUACGAAAACAACAUAUAAAAUGUGCUUUUGUUAUCAAGAUGCUUGCCUACACUCGGGUACUAUGAUAUAUUCACCAGAUCACACAUAUGAUGUAACCCGGUUCAUUAACCUUUCGGUACUUUUACGUCUGUCCUAUGGUAACCACACAUGUAUCUACGGUAGGGAAGAUUUGAAUUGUUUCAAGACCAUAAGUGCUAUGAAGGCUGGUCUGCCUGUAAAGAUGAAUCUCAACGACUCCAAAGCUCAGAUAAAACAUGUGACGUUUACCCAUGAUGGCACCUAUAUGUUAGUGCUUAGAGAGGGAGAGUUAUAUAGGUACAAUGAAAACAUGAAAAUUGACAAAAUGAUCAACUUAUCAAAAGGAGCGGAACGUGUUUUUGACUUCCCUAAUAUGGCCAUGUUUUUGCUGUCGGAUGGUACCAUACGUUACAGAUACGGGACCGAUCCCUUCGACUUUAAUAAACCUGGUGCUGCAUGGCCGUUAAGAGACCUUACGAGAGCUUUCUUGGAUGUUAUGGCCUUUAAAAAAAUUAGAUUGCCAUCUGUGAGAAAUCGCAUUAUAGCCUUAGAUAUACAUCCAGCUGAUGAUUCCGGAAAGUAUCACAUUUUCUAUGUGGAUGAUGCUUUCAUGUUGAGUCAUUCUAUUGUGAACAUAUAUGAAGCUAUGGACAAUAACGAGGCAGUUGGGGUGCUGUCAUCUACUGCAUCUGUCGGAAAUUUUGUAGCGUCAGACGUUGUACAGAAUGUAGUAGUCAAAGCAACUACUCGGCAGGAUGAUGGAAAGAGACAAACAUUUUUGUUUGUCCACACUUACGGCUUACCUCAUCUAUCUAUAUAUACUGUUACUGGCAGAAGGAUGGAAUUGCAUGGACAGAUGAGAACAACAGGCAAGAUUGUUGAUUUGGUUGUAGGAAAGAAUUAUUUGAUGGGCUUAACUUCUGACAUUUCACCUCGUGGCGAAAUAACUCACAACAUAAUUGAAAUUCCUCUUAACCGUCUCAUUAAUACAUCCCUUCAUUAUCCAGACAUACCCCGUGCCCUCUACUUGGGAACGGAGUAUAAAUUCAAUCCGGUGAGCACGGCGUACCAGAGCAAGAACUACUAUACUAAGCAAAAGCAGGAGUUAGAACAGUACGGGUUGACGUUGGAUGCGAACACAGGUACCAUAUCCGGUACUCCACAAAAGAUCGGUAUCAUCAACGUAAAGAUAAAGGGUGUUGGAGACUUUCACAGCGCUUAUUCCCGGGUUACAUUCAUUUUCAUUUGUCAAGAGGGUACGACAUUAGACGCAACACAGAGUAAUUGUGUUAAAUGUGCAAAGGGGACUUAUUGGAGCAUGACCAAAGAUUCGGUGUCAUGUCUUAAAUGCACGGAUCAUAUCAAGAACAGUACUACAAUAAAUGAUGGGUCGAAAUCAGUAUCAGACUGCCUUUGUCCACCUGGUACAUAUCUUAAAGAUUUGGAAUGUAUACCUUGCCCUCUGGGAACCACCUCGAACUCUUAUGGAUCGGAAAAUUGUCCCAUUAUUGCAGACGCUGAGAAGGGUCACAGCUCAUUCGAUAACAUGCCAAGUGCUAUAUCUUGUAAAGCAGGUACUUUCUUGAAGGGUGACGCUUGCGUUCCCUGUACUGUUGGAUACUAUUGCCUAGGCGGUAUUCUUCAGCCAUUCCGUUGUAGCCAUGGUAUGACAACGGAAAGAGCUGGAGCCAAAUCCGGGGAUGAUUGUCUAUGUGAUGCAGGAUAUGAGUGGUCAGAUGGUAGAUGUGUUCCAUGUGGAAGGACAUCGUACAAAGAAAACAUCGGUAAUAACCGCUGUACACCAUGUCCAUCGGUUGACGAUGCAAAAGGCAUGGUCUACACUCCAUCUUUUGGUUCAACCUCUAUCCGUGAGUGUAUUCAUUGUACACCUGGUUAUUAUUAUGAUGCUAACCGAUUACACUGUAUUCCAUGCCCUGCAGACUCUUUUUGCCCGGGAAAGGCCAUCAUCCCUUUGUUUUGUCCAAAUAAUACCGUUACAAAUGGUACAAACGCCGGUGGUAGGAACGAUUGUCUCUGUGUGAAGGGUUAUGGAUAUGCCUCAACUGCUCGUUUCAUCCUCUCGUUGGAUAAUAGCUGUACAAUUUGUCCUGUCAACACUUUCCAACAUGUCAACGGGACAAACAUGCCUUGUUUGCAAUGCCCCAAGAAUACUUACACAGUUGCUAAUGGCAGUGUAUCUUUAAGUGACUGUUUACCAGGGCCUGGUUUCUACAUUGCAGGUGGAGAUGGAUUUAAAACUAUGACAACACGAUUGGAAUCCAUUGAACCUUCCCAGUUACAGGCUUCCAGCGUCAAAUGCGUGGCAAAUGUAGAGUUUGAUGACUCCUUUUCUGUGACUGUAUUGGCAAAGUCAUUGCAAGUUUGUAUUGAUAUGUGUAAGAAUAACAUUUACUGUCGCUACGUGUAUUAUGGAGAUUCGGAAACCGGGGUUGCUCAUAAUGACAUUGUGCUUUCUGGUGAGGUUACUUAUAUAGCUUACCGCCCUUGCAAAAUGUUUAUGUAUUACGAAAGGAUAUCUGUUCCCAGUAUCGUGAAGACUAUGCAGCCUUUUGAUAAGCGUAUCCAUAGGUACCAAGUGCUCUGUGAAAUAUUCAGGGGUGUUAAUACAUUUGAACCUGAUAAAUUGGUUGUUCGACGUUGUCCUAUGAACCAUUAUUGUCCCGGUGGAGAUAAAUUUGGAAAAUACCAAUGCCCGGAGAAUUCAACAACACUGAUGGAUGGUGCCAACAAUAGCUCCCAUUGCUUGUGUCUUCCCGGUUUUGAGUUAUCUACUAGCUCGAGUGUGAAACGUUGUGUCUCAUGUAAAGAGGGUUUCUACAAGGAUAACACAUCCAAUGCUCGUUGCUUGCCUUGCCCACCUAUGAUGACGACAACUGGUAGAGGCGCCGUAUCUGCGAGCCAGUGUGUUUGCAACGUUGGUUACUUUGCAACCACUUCAAAUACCAUGAUGAGGCAAUUGUCGCGGGCUCGUAUGUUACCUCCAGUGCUUCCGCGUAGGUCAAGGCUUACAGAAUUCAUGAAGAACAAUUUCAACUUUUCCGGUGAAGGAGACACUUCAGAUAUAUUGGCUAACAUCACAUGCAAGAGAUGCCCUGAUGGAUAUGUUUGUCCUGGUAAAUGGUUGCCGAACUCGGAAUAUGUCGUUCACAACCCUCCUAUUUCGUGUCCAGAUGGAUCUGCGGUGCCUCAGCUCUCAGCUAGUGCCAACUCGCUGAGAAAGUGCAUCUGUAAACCUGGUUAUGGUGCAGGUACUGCGUUUCGCGAUGAUGUAUUUUUAUCGUGUCAGAAGUGUGCUCCUGGUACAUUCAGUGAAACCUAUAGUACAUCAACCUGCCAUGGACGUUGCAAUGAUUAUGCGAUAUCAUUCCCUGGUGCAUCUUCCUUUAAAGAUUGCUUCUGUCUCCCGGGGCGUUUUAUGACUUUGCAGCUAAUAGAAAACAAGGAGAAAUUUGUAUGUAAAAAAUGCUCUGAUGGUACCAUAUGUCCAGGAGGUUUUACGGUACGACAAUCUGGAGCUACUAUACCUGAUAAUCUCAAGGAGGCGAUAUUUUCUCAUACACCACAAUAUCCUCGCAUGGGUUACAUGGCUAUUUUCAAGAGGCAGCGUGCUGAAGGUUCCGAUAUACAGUGGUUGCCAAACAAACACGAUACCUACAUCAACGAACCCCCGACUCCAUCCCAAUUUGGAAAAUAUGAGCAUGUGGCCGAUAUACACCCUUGUGUAUACUCCAACCGUUGCAACAGUUUUGGAAAGGGUGGCUGUUCUGAAGGUUCCUACGGUUACCUCUGUGGUAAAUGCGCUCCCGGUUUCGACGCACGCUAUUUGCAAUCGGAUUGCGUGAGAUGUAAGCAUCCUCUUUUUGAGCUUUUGGAUUUGUUUGUGCCUCGCUUAAUACUCAUGUUUUUGGUUUGCUUAAUCUGCCAUAUGAACAAUCGAGCGACUACGGAUGGUAACUUCUCCAUAAUUGCCAUUUUCAAGAUCUGGUAUAUCUUUGAGCUUUCUUUAAUUCCUUUGGGUAUGCAACAACUGACGACGUCGUCUAGUUUGGUUCGUUUUUACAAUCUUUACCACAACUAUUUCUUCAAGCCCAUUCUACUGUAUGUGCACAAUGAGCGUCUGAAUUGUUGGAGACCCGCGAUCCAUCGAAUAUGGCAAAUUUUAAGAUCUUGGGGAGUUCCUUUGCCACCUGCUGAUACUCAUGAAGAUCUAGAUUACAACCACAUAUGGUAUAUGCAAAGGUUCUUGGGAUUGGCAAAGCCACUAAUCGAUGCUCUACUAUUGUGCAUACUUUAUUAUCCAUGCCGCCUGCUUUAUUCUCGUGUGGAAUCUUGGUCUGCAUCUUCUUCACGCAGGAUAUCAUUAGAUGAACGCAUAUUCUCGUUAACACGAAGGGUAAACAAUGAGAAUGAAGAAAUAAAAGAUAAAGAAGAAGCUGCUCUGUGCCUUAAGACGUUGGACGAUCCAUCGGCUCAUGAAACUAUCGGAAUGGCGUACAUAAAGCAUCGCAAACGGGGCAAAGUUUUCCUGAUACAGCAACUCAUGCUCUUGAUGGCAUUCCACUUACCGUCAGUAGUAGUCAAUAGUUUAGCCAUGUUAUGGUGUGGGUCGGUGAAAUACAAGGAUGGCGAUGCGGUCAAAGUACUUAUGCAUUUGCCAGAACAGAUUUGUGAUCCCAACAACCGGCUGUUCUUCAUAGGUCGUAUUGUAGGUUUAGCAAAUUUGGGACUGUGGCUUCUUAUGCUGGCCGUUUUGUUUGUCGCCCUGGCUAACUACAAAUACGGUUCACGAUCGUGGAACACUAUAUUCAUGGCUGGGAGCGAUACCAAUUGCCGCUGGUGGGAUGCUGUACAUCUGUCACGUCAGUUCCUCAUAGCGGUUUUGAUAGUCUGUCACUAUGGGAUUAGACCAAAGGGUGAUACAGAAUAUAUGCGCGCCGCCUGCUAUUUCAUUUUACACUUCAUCUAUGUGACCUUGCAUUUGACAUUUUCGCCUUACGAUAAAAGAAAUAAUGAAUCCUUCAACAACUUGGAGAGUUUGGUUCUCUUUAGCAACCUAUGUAUGUGUAUUUUCAUCCAGGGAAGCUAUUUCUACGAUUUUUCUGAUUUUGGUGGCUUCCCUAUCGUCGUUUCUCUUUUGGUUCACGUGAAGAUCAUAUGGACCAUAAUGUUAGAAUAUGGCCAUAUUCAGUUCGCCAACAUGAAGAACAAUGGAAAGGGUGAAUUAGCAAAUAUGAUAAUUGACUUUUUCUCAUUUGCAUUUGAACAUCGCACAGCAAAUGUAUAUUAUGACUACAAAAAUGACAACCUCGUUAUGGAAUCAUCCAAAAUACAAGAGCCAUACCGCAGUUUCUAUUAUAAUUUGGUAACUAGACCAUUGUUGAAGCUAGCACAUCUCACAGGCAUUUCCAUGAAGGGUACUGAAAAGAGGAAGAGUUACUCAUAUUCUCUUCAGAAUCGUGAUUUCUUGGUGGAGUGUAUCCGUAACACUAUACAGAGAUGUUCAGUUCUCAGGCAGGAUGUGGUUUUAUCGGACAAAUGGUUCUACUUUAUUACCCGUUACGUAUUUUGGUAUUGCCAUUGUCUGCAUGUUGACCUUUUCGACGAUAAACUAUCGGACAAUGAUUUGUUCCAUAAGAUUGUACUGUCUCAUUUUUCACCACAGGAAAACAUCUCAGAUGCUGCGUUGUCAAAUUUCUUCGUCAACUUCCCAAUUAAACGUUUAUCUGCUCAUAAUGCUUUCCAUCACAAUGGAGAUAUAUGUGACGGGAAGUGUGCUAUAUUCGCAGGAUCUAAGAGGAAACGCAAGGUCGAAGAAGUAGCGGAAAGUUUGCUCGUUGAAUGUUUAUUCGACACGGUAUAUGAUCUAGGUCCAGUUACAUUGGUAGAGUUCUACUUAGGACUGUUGUCAUUGAACCAUUUCCAUGAGUCAGUUCUUAUCCGUAUGUUCGACGCUUAUAGGAUACACGCUCUCUAUCUGAAGGAUGAAAGAGGUUUCCGUCUUUUGAGGGAAGCUGAUGCACUUAACGAAAACAUCAACAACCUCAAAGGGGAAAUUGAAAAAACAGAAAAUGGUACAGCUGCAUUGCAACGUCACACCCUUGCUUCGGACAUAGAGGAGCUUGAAACGGAUAUUGCUAAGUUAAACGAUACCAUUGACCGUGAGCGUCAAGUAAUCAUGGCUGGUCGUGCUGCUGCCGCCGUUGCAUUGAAUCUGCACUUAGGUGUAGAUAAUAUAGUUUCUGCCGAUUUGAGUUACGAUGAUAUUCUGUCGGCAAUAUCGCAGCAAACUAACACUGCAACAGACCCAUCCGAUCGUAGGAAGGGACUUCUGGUACCUGUGAACAGGUCGCAACGAUAGACGUGGCACUGAGCCUAUUUGACUCCUGUG